AUGCCCGUGACGAACACCGGUGUCUGCUGUCACAUACAUAAAUUCCAUGCCAUGCCGACCGGCAUGAUCUUGAGUAGCGUGCUGCUGCUGCUGCCGCUGCUCGCCGCCGGAGCGACGAUCGGCGGCGAAGACCGCGAGGUCUCGAAGCACCGAAACGAGCAGCUGGAAGUGGAGGUCAGCUCUCAUGGCGAUCAAAGGAUGAAGCGAGCGAAGCUCCUCCGUAAGGAAGAGCAUCGACUCCAUGCCUCCCUUCUCUCUGAAGCCGCGUUCUCCACAGCGCGAAGAACAGCUCUCAGUGUCAGGGCGAAAGAGCGGUUCUUGCCGCAGUUUCCCACGGGGCCCGCAACGUGUGCCGGGAGCCAACUGUCGUGCCCUGCGGACGCCAGUGAGGACCCCUGUGGGCAGAUGGAAAACUGUAGCAUCGGCAGCUACCACAACUGCGAGGGAAACAUCUUCAAGAUGUGCAUCCCGAAGAAAGAGGACCCAACAGAGUGUGGCUCAAGCGAAGUGUGCCUACUGCGCUGCACGGGCGUGUUCGCCGAGGAGAAGAGCGAUGGGUCCAAGGGAACGCCUACAUGCUCGGACUUGGCCCCAGAUGUCUGCGACGGGCGCUAUGUGGCAGACAAAGACUACCUCAACAACGGACUGGGUUAUGAAUGCCAGAUCCGAGACGACAAGACCUGCGGGGUCGGCUCGACCUGUGGCGUGCAGAACCCUCCGGAGAGUUUAGGGGAGAAGCAGUGCACAGAGCCGGAGGUCUUCAAGGGUAGCCAGGACGGGACCUGCAAGACCAUGCGAACACGGCCGGGGCACGAGUGCACCACGCGAUGUACAACAGGCUACACGCCGAAUAUCGCGAAGCUUCUCUGCCUGCAAACUGGCGAGUUCAACCCGAAGACCUUCGAAUGCGAGGCCAAUCCUUGUACUGUGAAGCCCGUGGCGAAUGCCUUGGCCAGUGGUUGCAAGGAGGGCCCGAAUACCGGGGACGCAGUGAUUACCUCCGGCGAAUCCUGCACGGUGCAGUGCAAGGAAAAUUUCUAUCCUUCGGAUGAGCUUCUCCGAUGCCAUGCGGAAGUGUUGACCCCCGCGAGCUUUACAUGCGAGGCUCCAUGCGAAGUGCCCAAAGUUGCCAAUGCCGCGCAGAGCGGUCUUUGCAGAGAGGCAGCAGACGGCGAGAAGAUCUUGCCUUUCACCUCCUGCACUACGCAGUGCGCUGCGGGCUACACUCCCUCCGUGGAGAGCCUGAGCUGUCGCACAGGGACUUUCACACCAGCGACCGAGACGUCCAAUUCAGGCUAUGCCGACGCCAUGGCGGUGUCACCCAUCCGAGAAGCGAAGACCAUGCAGUACCACGAGUUCGUGUCUUUUGAAACGUACGUCUUCGAUUGCGACGGAGUUCUUUGGGGCAUCUCCGACGAGGAUUCGAAGACCUCCGUUUCCACGGUGAAUCAUCUCCUGAGUCUCGGGAAGCGGGUGAUGUUCGUCACGAACAACUCCAACAAGACACGCUCUCAAUUUCUUCAGCAGCUGGAAGGAAAAGGCUCCGCUGGCGAGGGUCCACAGUGUUAG